AUGGCUCAGGCGCGGAACCAGGUCAUCUACGCGCCUUCACACGAAACCCCUCGCGGCGUCAAGUCCGUCUUCCUUGCCGGCACCACGGGCAAAGUGGACACGAGCGACUGGCGCGAGACCCUAUCCAGCUCCCUCUCCGACGUGCCUGUCACAAUAUACAAUCCGUACCGCGCUGAUUGGGACAGCUCCUGGCGCGAGGACAUCGAAUUUGCUCCUUACCGCGAGCAGGUGGAGUGGGAGCUCGACAAGCAGGACAAGGCUGACAUUGUCGUUGUUUACUUCCACCCGGCUACCCAGGCGCCCGUCAGUUUGCUCGAGUUUGGGAUCUGGGCGCGAAUUCCGGGGAAGGCCAUCGUUGUCUGUCCUGAGGGAUACUGGAAGAGGGGGAACGUGCAGAUUGUGUGCAAGAAAUUUGGGGUUGAAAUGGUGGACAGUGUUUAUGGGCUGACAGAGGCGAUUGUGAGGAGGCUGCCGUCUGGUUUGUGA